AAAGAAACAACCACGAGCUAUGACGACUAAGAUUGCAUCGCUUGUUGGCAAAAGGAUCUUAGGCGAAACGGCCAGAAACCACUUUGGCCAGGAGGAUCCAUACUUCGAAGAAGUCCCCGCCUCUCGCCUAGGACGAGCCUUCGGCAAAAAGACACAGAAGAGGCGGAAAGCGAUACCGCCGGGAUUAUCAGACCACGACCAGAAAGUCCUGACGCAAGUCAAGAGAAGAGCAUAUCGACUAGACUACAGUCUUUUCAAUUUGUGCGGGAUAAGGUUUGGAUGGGGAAGUGUGAUUGGGCUAAUUCCUUUUGCCGGAGAUGCUGCCGAUGCAGCACUCGCCUUGAUGGUCGUUCGGACCUGCGAGGGCAUCGAUGGAGGUCUUCCGGCAAGCCUGCGCAUGAUGAUGAUGAUCAAUGUGGUGAUCGAUUUCUUCAUAGGACUUGUGCCGUUCGUGGGUGACAUCGCAGAUGCCGUCUACAAGUGCAACACAAGGAAUGCUGUGCUCCUAGAGAAGCAUCUGCGAGAGAAAGGGGCCAAGGCGCUCUCAAAGCAUGGCGGAAGACACGAUGCACCCGAAGACGCCAGUCUCCCCGAAGAAUUCGACCGACACGACAAGGGCGCCAUAGAGGAACCGAGGAGACAUCGGAGCAGGAAGCACUCUAGGACUGACGGUCCCGCGAUGCCCGAACCAGCAAGACAUCCACAAAGGAAUCGGUCGCAGAGAAGAUGGUUUGGCGGCGCAGCCCCCGGCGAUGACGAUCUCGAAAGAGGCGUCGUCGACAACACGCGAUCCGCUAGGCGCUGA